AAACCGACAAUGUAAUAACCAUGUUUACAUAUCUCAUCAAUAAGCUUAAGAUACGGGCAAAAAAUCCAAGUCAUGGUCGGUACAAAGGCAUGGCUACCGACAUAUUCUUAAAAGAAGAUUCAUAUGUCUGGUUUUUGGAAAACGACGACUGUCUGACACCAUUACAAUUAUCGGCUAAAUUAGGAGUUGUUGAAAUUUUUCAAUUUAUAAUUAAUCUCGAAAACGUCUACUCAUUUGUAAGUACACAUGAUGGACUGUUUGACGUAAAAUUGUACGACAUCACCGAAAUUGACACAGUUGCUAAUCAACAUGUUGUCUCAAAUAAAUCGGCAAACGGAGGCUACGGACAUAAAAAGGUUUCAAGAAAUAUUGACGGUGUUAGUGAUAUCAAACCAAAAACUAAUCCCAACUGUUUUAACCAGUUUGAAUAUCCAGAAACAGAAUCAAUAUUAGAAAUGAUGUUUGAUUUUGAAUACCAGAGUCAAUCUGCUUUUAGAAUAAUUGAAACCAUACCAGUAAAGAAUAUCAUUCUUGAGAAAUGGCAUAAAUUGAGGUAUUUUUAUUUCAUAUGGGGCUUUCUCCAUUUGUUAAUGACCGUGUUUUUAACUAUGGAAAUCUUCAUUAGGUCAGAGUUAUAUGCCCUCCAAACUGUUUCAAACACAACCACACUCGAAAUUCAUGUUCCGGUCGCAUCUAGAAAAUUUGCUGAUUUUGUAUCCUGGAUGAGUGUCGUUCUUGGUGGUGGGGUCUAUUGCUUAAUGAUCUCACUGUUACUGAUUGCGAAAGCAAGACGACCAAAUGCGCUUCGGUAUAUUUUCCACAACUUAGGAUAUGUAUUAUUUUUAAUUGUGUUCUCCGCUUGUUUAUUUAUUGACUUUUUCAUGACAAUGACCAGUGACACACAUGACAAUAUUGCUUUAAUACUAGCCGUAAUUGCUGGUUGGUGGUUUUCCGUAUUUUUCUUGCGAGCUAUUCGGCUUUUUAGUUUUUUCACAGAAAUGAUCCGAAGAGUCAUUAUAGGAGAUCUAUUGCGAUUUGCAGUAAUUAUUUCGUUUAUGUUGUUUGCGUUUACAUCAGGCAUGCAUGCCGUUUUUGUUGGUAAGAAUGCUGUGAAUGAGCACUUUAGUAGUUUUGGAGGUGCCAUGUUCACGAUGUUUAAACUAAUGUUAGGUUUGGAUGAUUUUGGGGUUUUGAAUGAAGCCAGAAUACCGGGUUUAGCGAUAGCUCUCUACAUUGUGUUUGCACUGCUUACUUACGUUCUAUUAAUAAAUUCACUUAUAGCUAUGAUGUCACAGACAUGUGCAGUGGUUUUGGAAGAUAGAUACCCACAAUGGAGACUGCAACAACUUUCAGUUGGCUUGUUCCUUGAAGAUAUCUUUUUUUUAUCUUGUAUUCGAUAUUUUUUUGCAUCUCCAGGAAUGGAGAAAAAAAUUCGCCGAUUUGACCCAGUUACAAAGCAAACUAAAGUUUACAGUCGAUACUUUUCGAAAAUACAUUCGUUGCAAGCAACCUAUGCUUCAGAGGAAGAUCGAGAAGCAAUGAAAAAAACAAUGAAAGAAAAAGAUCAAUUUAGAAGAAAAGGAUCUUUAAAUUCAGACCAGGCUAUUGAAUAUGAAAAUGCAUCGACCGUCCCUAGACGAACAAAACUUACAGUAUUACCAGAUGUAGAAACGCCAUCAAAAUACGAUGAAAUAGAUGUUCAUGAUCAUACUAACAACUGUACUGAAAGAAACUUACCUUUUUACCCGAAUGGAUAUCAUCACGUCGAUAUUGAGCCUUAUGGUACAUCAAGUACAUAAAGUAAGCGUUAAAGAUGAAUAGCGGAACUUUAAAAAUUGUUAUGAUUAAAUCGCUCUCCAUUUAACCUUAUUUUUAGAUUUUCCAACAAACAUGACAGGCAAAGUUGUUAGUACUAUCAUUGAUUUUGCUUUUGAUCAAUUAAAUCAUAACUAAUGGAGGUUUGGCUAGCCACAAAACCAGGUUCAACCCACCAUUUUUUUUCUUAAAAUGUCCUGUACCAAGUCAGGAAUAUGGCAGUUUUUAUUUAAUAGUUCGUUUCUAUGAAUGUUGCAUUGUUGUUUGUUUUUUUGUUGCACUUCUGUACGUGUUCUGUUAUUUCGUUGUUUUCCUCAUAUAGUUGAUGUGUUUCCCCUCGGUUUUAGUUUGUAACCCGCAUUUGUUUUCUCUCAAUCGAUUUAUGACUUUUGAAGAGCGGUAUACUACUGUUGCCUUUAUUUAUAUUCUAUGAAUUUGUGAAAAGUUUGUUCCUAUACCCUAUCAAUAUUAUGUAAUUAUAUCUUGGCAUUGCACACGGUCAUGCUUUUCUCAUACUGUUUAUGACGUCUUUACACUUAAUCCGUUGAAUAUGUACUGAUUGAUGAUUUAGUCUGGGAGCACAUACUUAAUAUAUUUGUUGUAAUUGGCCUUUAACUAGCUUUUGGUACUUGUGAGUAGUCUGAUAUCGGUACUUUGUGUCUUGGGCACCUAAGAUCACCCACGGUUUUGGUGGGCUUCGUUUUUCUCAGUCUUUAAUUUAUCAUGUUGUUUUUUGUGUACUGUUGUUUGUCUUUUCGUAGUUUUUUUUGGUUUUUUUUUUUCCUUGGUAUAUUGCCAGUCUGUUUUCGACUUGUGGGUUUGAAUAUCCCUUUGUUAUCUUUCGCCUCUCUUUUUCUGUCUUAAUGUUAGUUAUUUUUUGUUCUUCAAGCUGAUCUGAUGAAUCAAGCCAUUUCUAAAUGAUUUUUACAGUUUGUUUUACGCCACAUCAUAGUCCCAGGUUAGGGGAGGGUUGAACGCUCACAAACAUGUUUAACCCCGCCACAUUCUGUAUG